AUUUGGUGUUUUAUUUUAGAACCUUUCAUCGGGUUACCGGUCGGUCACUGAUUUCAAACUUCCAUGACCAUCCAUUCCCAAUAUCCAUUUCCAAUUUCUUAUUUUUCAUUUUGAUUCGAUUCUGGGUAUCGCGCAAUUUCUCGAUUUUCCGCGUAUUUUGGAUUUGGAGAGUUUCAACAAAUAACCGAACUUUGGAAGGAAAAACACAACCCCAUGAUGCAACGGUUGGUUGAUCAUGUUCUUGCUAUAACUAAAGAUGCAGGUCCGUGAAGGCAUUUACUUAUGAGUCCUUAAACAAUAUUGUGAGGCUAAUCAAUGGAAUAUCUGCCCUUUUGUUGGCAUGCCUACCUGGGAAAGCUAAUAUACUUGAAGGUAUCCAUGGUUGGGAACUCAGGCCAACUUUCCGUGGACCACGAUUUCCGCGGUGGAUGGAGAAUGGUGUAUCCUCUUUCAAUCAGUUUGUCCAUGAUUUUUCUAUGGAUUCUGACAAUUCAAGCCUUGAAUACUCGUCCGAAGAUGACGAUAGUGAAAUAUAUAGUGAUGGACUUGAAUACCCUCCAACUCCUGGAUCUCAGAGUUCUAGAACCUCAGAAGCUGGUAUUACCAAAUUCAGUAGGCAUCAGAAGGAUUGGAUCCGAUUUAUCUUACUUUCAAUUUUGUUUCCUUUAAAGUUAUUGGUGUGGAUUCCAGUUAACCUUUUUCGGUUAGUUUAUUAUGGGGUGUUAAAAGCCAUGUCUUUCACCACAAAUAAGCGUCCUCCUCAUUUACGUGCACACAAGAGAGUGCUGAGUCUCAAGGAUCAUAUUAUCCACCGUGCUACUGAUAGGAGACGAGGAGUUGUAGAGGAUCUUCAUCUAGGCAUCGAGUUAUCUAUAGAAGCCGUGUUUGAUGUUGUUCACAAGGCAGCACAUCUUCUUCUUUCCCCUUCAGAAGCUUUUGGGGCAUUAGUCAGGUUGUUUUCGUCUCAUGAAAGUGCUGUUAAAGGAGAUCAUGAUGGUGAAGAGGACGCCUCCAUAUAUACAGAUACAUUAGGUGAAAAUGACCCAAAACCCAAAGAGAGAACUGUCAAGUAUCAGCCUCUGAAUACAGAUGCUCGGACAUGUCAGGAUGUCAUAACGGACCUUGGGUAUCCAUAUGAAGCCAUUCGUGUGAUCACCUCUGAUGGAUAUAUUCUUCUUUUGGAAAGAAUACCCAGGCGAGAUUCAAGAAAAGCUGUUUAUCUCCAGCACGGGGUUUUGGAUUCAUCAAUGGGUUGGGUAUCUAAUGGAAUUGUCGGCUCUCCAGCUUUUGCAGCAUACGAUCAAGGUUAUGAUGUAUUUCUGGGGAAUUUUCGUGGUUUGGUUUCACGGGAACAUGUCAACAAGAACAUAUCAUCACGUCAAUAUUGGCGGUAUUCCAUCAAUGAGCAUGGGACUGAGGAUAUUCCUGCUAUGAUAGAAAAAAUCCAUGAAGUAAAGACUGCUGAAUUGAGGCUUACUAAACCUGAUAUAGAGGAGGAAACUGAUGAUGAUCAGCCUUACAAACUUUGUGCCAUUUGCCAUAGUUUGGGAGGAGCUGCUGUGCUGAUGUAUGUUAUUACUCGAAGGAUAGAAGGGAAACCCCACAGGCUUUCAAGAUUGGUUUUGUUAUCACCAGCCGGUUUUCACGAGGACUCUAACAUGGUUUUUUCUGUGGCUGAACUUCUACUGGUUUUACUGGCUCCUGUUUUGUCUCUUCUUGUUCCUGCCUUCUAUAUACCAACCAGAUUUUUUCGUAUGCUUGUCAACAAGUUAGCGAGGGAUCUGCAUAACCUACCUGCAGUUGGAGGGUUGGUUCAAACUUUAAUGAGUUAUGUUGUAGGUGGAGACAGUUCAAACUGGGUUGGAGUUUUAGGAUUACCACACUAUAAUAUGAAUGACAUGCCAGGAGUGGCUUUUCGUGUUGCUCUCCAUCUGUCACAGAUGAAGCGCACUGGAAAAUUCAUAAUGUUUGAUUAUGGUAGUACUUCUGCCAACAUGGAAGUGUAUGGUUCACCUGUGCCUUUAGACUUGGGUGAACGCUAUGAACUCAUAGACAUUCCUGUUAAUCUUGUUGCUGGACAGAAGGACAAAGUGAUAAGGCCUUCAAUGGUGAAGAGACACUAUAAACUGAUGAAGGGUGCUGGGGUAGAUGUUUCAUAUAAUGAGUUUGAAUAUGCACACCUAGACUUCACCUUUUCCCACCAUGAAGAACUCUUGUCAUUUGUUAUGUCAUGCUUGCUGCUUGUGGAUCCUAAUCCAAAACAUCAAGUGAAUCAAAGGGGUGUAAGGUCAAGAAGAAAAGGGCAAGUUGCAAACAGUGGUUAGAUUGAACAAAAAUCUUACACAGAGUUCAUACUUGCUGAAGUACUUCUGCCAUUUCUUGCAAGAGUCUCCGACACAUGUAUGCUUGAAUAUAGAGUUGCUCUUUACUAGGGUCAUCAUUUCCUUCAAAUAUCUGUUUUCAGUUUGGAGGAAAAAUAGACCUUGAAAUAUGUUUGUAUUGUACAUUGUAAAAUGUUGUACUGAUUAUCAAAAUUCAGAACAAAGACAUUAGAGUCUGGAUUAAUGUUGUAUUAUGUUGGUAGUUCACUAGUUUUUUUCUUUGACAAUU